UACAUUGAUAAUAUUUAAAUUUUGAAAAUAUUUCGAUGAUUUUAAUUGUCAAUCAAUCAAAUGACAAUCAUUCAAAAACUUGAUGCCUGAUAUUUGACAGAUUGAAAUAAUAUUGUUGAUAAAAUUAGCGGUUGUAAUCUAGUGUGAGUUUGUAAAUUUCAUUGCAAUAAUUAAUUAACUUCACAAUGAAGAAACGAUGCAAGUUGAAACUAAAUACUGGUGGUUGGUGGACGUAUGUUCAUGUGACCUUAUUAUCUUGCAAAUAAUUGUUAUCGGUGUAUGUAAACCGACAGCUGUUUGUGCCAGUUAUAUUAAAAGUUUAUGCUGACUAUAUUCUGGUGAAAAUUAAACAAAUGUGAUUUUUGCACGUUUAGCUUCAUUUAUUUGCACAUAAGCUGCUAAGAUGGUUUCCUCGGGGAAGAAGAGUGGAUGUUUGAUGGGUUGUGGCUCCGUAAUGGUAGUUGUCGGAGCUGUGAUGGUGAUAUUUUGGCCAACCUUGUUCUUCAAUCAGCUAAAAAGUAUGAUGAUCCUCUCAGAAGAGUCGACAUCUUUCUCCAUUUGGCGAGAAGUUCCGAUUCCAAUGUACCUGGAAUGCUACAUGUUCAACAUCACAAAUGUGGAUGAAAUAAUCGCUCGAACAGCUAAAACUGUGCAAGUGGAACAGCUCGGACCCUAUAUCUUCAGAGAAUCACAUACUAAGGUGAAUUUGUCAUGGAAUGACAACAGUACUAUAACAUUCUACAACCAGAGAUAUUGGCAUUUUGAACCGUCUAUGUCUAACGGCUCCCUCACAGAUUCCAUCACCAGUCUCAAUCCUAUAGUUGUGACGAUAGCAUACUUCAUGCGUCACAGCCACCCGCUAAUCAAAGUGACAGUUGACGUUUUCCUCCGAACGCUGCACGAGCACAUGUUCCUGUCAGCUCCUGUCGCCGAUUGGCUGUUUAAUGGUAUCGACGAUCCUGUACUGAGAAUUGUAGAACAUUUUCCGGACCUACCUAUCAAUAUUCCGUAUGAUAAAUUCGGAUGGUUUUAUGAAAGAAAUGGUUCCCGGGAGUACGACGGCAUAAUGUUAAUGAACACGGGUGCAUCUGAUUUUAGUAAAUUAGGGAAUAUUGAAAAGUGGAAAUACUCUAACACAACGAUGUAUAGAGACGAAUGUGGCGAAGUCCGGGGCUCAACUGGAGAACUAUGGGCUCCUGAGAUGGGACAACCUGAAGUUACGAUAUUCGCUCCUGAUAUAUGCACUUAUAUGAAUCUCGCGAAGAAUGAGACUGUAUCGGUUUUGGGUAUCGAGGGAAUGAUGUACAUCGCGAAUGACUCGGUCUUUGACAACGGAUAUAGGUAUCCGAGAAUGGCAUGCUAUUGUGACGAAGUUCGAGAUGAGAACUGCCUUCCACCGGGAGCCCUAAAUGUGUCUUCGUGCCGGUUUGGAGCACCAGCUUUUGUCACCCGACCUCACUUCCUCCGUAUGGACUCCUAUUACCCAAGCAAGAUUAGCGGACUUAAUCCCUCAGAGGACAUGAACUUCCGCUUGGCCCUGGAAAUGUACACUGGUAUGCCGUUGACUGUAUCAGCUCAAUUGCAGAUAAAUCUACUUGUCAGACAUAUAGGAGGAAUCACUAUAAACAAUCAACUGCCUGACGCAGACACCCUGAUGCCAAUGUUCUGGUUCCGCCAAGAAGUCAGGAUGAACGAGGAGUACGCGCGCCUCGCCCGGUUUGCCCUGAACCUGAGAUAUUAUAUUCCUGUUGGCUUUUAUGCACUUACGGGUAUUGGUGUGAUAUUAUUAUCUGUAGGCAUUUGGAUAAUACUUCGAAAGUUACUUAGAACGCCCGAAACGACGCCCAUUCUUUCCGGUGCGUCACAGGAAGACGUAUCGGUGACGGAGCGGUAGCAUUCCCUUUAAAAAUGGCGAUGAAGGAGGGUGACGCUGAAACUAACAUUAAAAAAAAUGUUUAAAUAAAAAAAAUGAAUUCAAUUAUGAUUAAGAUUACUAUCAAGUUUUUUUUAAAAGGACCGUGUUUGUAACGUGGAUCAAAAUUCAAUCUGGUUUCAAGAUUUGUAAAGUGUCGUAAGACAAAAUUUUGAUUAUCGAGUUAGAUUACGACCUAUUUUUAUUGAAUUUCGCAUAAUAAGUUUAUUUGACAAUAAAUGCCAAACUGACAUUGACAGGUAGGUCUUCAUAUGACAGACGUGUAUGUUAAAUCCAUUAAAUUUUUGACGUGACUCACACAAGAGUUAUUAAGGCCGUUAGAAGGCAAUUUAACUUAAGUUUCAUUCACCGGCACUCUAACAACUGGUAUUAUCAGUAUUUAUUUAAAAUCGGUAAUACUUAAACGAAUUUGAAAAGGAUAAAUGGAUUUGCAGCUCAUUUGUGAUUUUACUAAUGUAUGGAUAUUUCAUAGUUUCGUAAAUUUAUUAUUUUUACGUAUUUUUAUAGUUUGUAACGUAAGUUGAAGUACGCAGAAGUGUUUUUGAUGUAUUUUUUUCUUGACAUUUUACGUAUUAAAUUACGAUAUAUUUUCCAUAUAUUUAGUUGAAUCAUAUAACUUAAUAACAUACUGACGUAAAUAAUUGAAUAAUGAUUUCACUUUUCUUUAAUUUCUUCUCUAAGUCUCGAUGUUAAUUUGGGACCUACCAACGUUGCCAUCUCUGUCUUUACCUUAGUGAGUGAUAGAGACAUUAUCAUCAGCUCAUUUUACUGACUUUUUUAGAGGAAUAGCGAGAUGAUGAUAAUAAAUGUAUUAAGUAUAGUAAUAAAUCUCUUGAUGAAGAAAAUAGCGAUCAUAGAUCAAGUGUUAUUUCCAGUUUACUAUAAUUAAAUUUUUUAUUAUUUAGCAGAAUGAGAUAUUCAUAUUCUUGUCACAUAGUUAUAGGCAUGCGCCUUAACAGGUUCACUGUCCACAGACCAUGUGAGGUCUGUAGACGGAAAGCUCUGCACGAUCCGCUCUGCAAGCUCUGCUCCGCACUUUUGGAGUUGUGGACGUACGGGGAAAGUUACGGAACUAACAUUGCCCAUAUAAGCAUAUGCGUACUUGAUAGGCCAUAUCACUGAGAACCUAAAAAGUGCUGGGACAUACGGCAAAACUUUUUUCUUAUUGAGGUGACAUGAAGCAAUGUCAAAAUUGAUCAGUAUUUUUUUAUAAAAACGCAACUUGACGUGAGGAGUACUUCCACUUUCAUGCUUGGACAGGGAACCUGUUAAUACAAUUCAUUAGAGAACGAGACACCCUACCAGUGGUCACGGCUCCGGAGUUAUUCUAAUUAACAUAAUGUUACCACUAUUGUUAAAUGAGUCAAUCAUUCCAUGUGCCUUGUAGUUUUAGCAUUUGUUAUUAUAACGUUCAUAGUAUAAAUGUGUUAAUAUAUUUUUAUAAAUAAACUAAUCAAAUCUU